GUGUUAGCCGAAUCUGAAAAGUUUCAGUACCCUUCCCUGCCCACCUCCUAUCAUCCCUUGCUUCUCAAACUUUAAGGAGAAAGAGAGGAUGGAGCAUGAUUGAUUGUUAUCUGGCCUGGUAGUUUUAAUCAACAGUCUGCUGCUGUCGCUGCUGUACGUGGACGCUGUGGUUGAACUUACUCGCCAUGGCUCUUCCAUUUGGGGUUUCUUGGCUUUGCACUCUGCUGUCAUGGGGCUUCAUUUGUUUUCUUCCUCAAAACGGUUACAAUCGUGUACAUGGCUACUCUCUCCAUGAUGAUGCAUUCACUAGCCAUGCAGGCGUGCUUGGUCCCCAAACAUCAAACCAGUUUCAUUCUGGAGCAUCUUUAAACACAAACCAAGACUCCUUUAGUCCAAAGGAUGAGAUCCAAGCUAUGAGAGACCAAAGCUUUGUUUCCCUCCAGAGAGAACCAGUCUAUCAUGAAAACAAUGCGGAUGCUGGCUCUGUUAGUAGCCUCAGUGAAGAGAGGGAGCAAAGCAGACAAGACUCAGAACAUGAUGUCCCGUCCAAUCCCUCCGUGCAGAAAUAUGAGCAUGAAAGUUCUGGUUAUCAAAACCCCUUCGGCCUUUUAGUGAAGGAGCACACACAAGAGACAACCGCGGAGGGAAUCAGUUUCCCAACAAUCAGAGAGUUCAAACGGUUUGUAGAAACAAUGAAAAGCUCCUUCUUACGACCAGGAAGUGACAUGAGCAGUCACUUUCAAACCGCACGGCAAAUGAUGGAAAACGAGAUUGCUUCUAAUGCUGAAAAUACUGAGAAAGAGCCUGACACAAGCUAUAGGUCUAAUUCUGCAAAAGAAGGCACUGCCUAUGAUGACGCACGAGAAAAUGAAUUCUGGAGUGAACCUAUGAAUGCAGCGUUUGAACAAAGUGAACAAGAAGCCAACUACCAAAUUCCAAGUGAAAGCCUCUCUGUCCCUGAUCCUGUCUACUCCACUGAAAGUCUCAUUUCUACCAGUGUUUAUGACAACCAGGACUCAGGCCUGGGCUCUGCUCUCUACCCACACCAUCAUUUAGCAGCCACAGAGCAUGUUUUGAGUAAUUAUGGAAGUUUUGACGCUGCUGGCACUUCUGGGGAAAACCCUGAUGUUUUCACAAGUGCUCCUCAUGUGCGAAAUGAAGAUUUCCAGUCAACAAGCUACAUGCUCCCUGAACAAAGCCCCUCUGGCUCAUUCUUUGGGGAAGAUUUGUCUUUCAGUAGCCAUGUGACUGCAUUCCCUGUCAACCCUCCAAACAGCCCCUCUCAAGAUUUCAACAUAACUCCCCUAACCACUGAAAAGAAUAUCCAACAACCAGAAUAUACAUCUCACAGUGAAGACUCUUCAACAGGGUAUCAGAAACCAUCUAGUGGCUCUGAGCUUGGGAAAGAUUUCCAAAAUGAAGAGCAAGGCAGUGUCCUGUCUGCACCAAUGCCUCCAUCUUCCUAUGGCAACAGUGUAUAUGUCAGUGCACCAAGACGUCAACACUACAUCCCAGAAUAUCAACCAAAACAUAGGGAUAGACCAGCCUUUUCAUUUCAGGCAUAUCAACCCACUGUUGGCAAGAAACCAAAGGAUAAAAACUACACUCCCACCGCCCACCUGCCUGCAUUUACUGGUUCUGUUUCUUCAAGCUCUGAUGAUCCUUCAUCACAGAGUAGCAGUGGUCAUGUGGGAGUUCAAACAAGUAGCCCACAUGAUGCUCAGGACCAAGUGUUCAACAGGAAAAAGCCAGUCAGAUUUCACCCUGUGAAGCCCCCCAGCUCUCUUCAAGGCUCGAGCGGCAACAACAGCUAUCUCAGAGACCAGACAGUCAAUGUUAGUCGCCCAUUCAUGCUAAAUACCCGUACAAAAGAUGAGAAGCAGAAUCUAGUCUCUUCCACACAGGGAGCAAAACAAAUGGCUCACAAUACAUUUAUUCCUGUUUCUAGUGGCUCAGGUUUAACCCAGAGUGGGAUCCCAUCUCAGGUCGGUGAUGCAAUUUUCAACACUAUAACUAACUCGGCUCCAACCUCAGCAUCAGACAGAGCCUUUUCAAGAUUAGCUGGCAAUGAAAUCAUGUCCAGGAAGUUUGGAAUCAAGAAUAUAAUCUCUGAUAUACGUGGCGCCAGAAACCCCCUGGGCUCAUUUCUUACCCCACGAAGACGAGGCAUUUUUCUAAAUGGCGGCUAUGUGAGUAAACCGCUGUCUGCAUCCAAGGUUUCUGCUUCUACUUUAAGUGGUGUCUUCUGGAGGAAUAGUGGCAACACAAAGAGGCUUCCUCCUCAAACAGGCCCUAACAUGUCACCUCCACCUGCAUACAUUGUGCAGUCCAGAAACGGCUUCAUGAGGAGCAAAGUAUCUCUAUCAAAUACCCAUUAUGCACCAUAUCAGCUGGAUGGAUACAAGAACACUGUAUCCCGCAAUGUAAAAGGAUUUUAUGAACAGUAAAGGAGGAUCAGAAAGUGAAAGAGGAAAUGGUGAAAUCGCUGACAGCAAGUCCUUUUGUAAAUAUGGUGCCAUCUUCAACUGAAGUCUCUGCAGUUACACAAUUCCACUCCAACUACUAUUAAAGUCGUUUACCCCCUUGU